AUGAUGGACGUGCCCAGUUGGAAGGAGAUGGAGGUAGCGCUAGUCAGUUUUGACAAUGCCCAUGAGAUAGUGGAAGAUCCCUGUUAUUCAAACGACCUUAUCUCAGCUAGCCAAUCGCAGAAGGGACGCCCCAGCUGUGCCAGCCUCCUGUCCAACUGGAGAAUCCUCAUCAAUAGCGAGAAUGCCAACAAUGAAACCAUUUUCUCCAAGUUUUCUGCUGAAUUCAGUGAGCACUUGGGUGCAGAACGGGUGGAUAUGGAUGAAGGUGACCAGAGAGUCAUCAUAAACAUCGCUGGAUUAAGGUUUGAGACGCAACUUAAAACCCUCAAUCAGUUCCCCGAGACCCUACUGGGAGACCCAGAGAAAAGGAUGCAUUAUUUUGACUCCAUGAGAAAUGAGUAUUUCUUUGACAGGAAUAGGCCUAGUUUUGAUGGCAUAUUGUACUAUUACCAGUCAGGUGGGAAAAUCCGGCGCCCAGCCAAUGUCCCAAUAGAUGUCUUUGCUGAUGAGAUCACCUUCUAUGAACUGGGCAAUGAAGCUAUGGACCAGUUCAGGGAAGACGAAGGAUUUAUCAAAGACCCCGAGACUCUCCUGCCCACCAAUGACUUUCACAGGCAGUUCUGGCUGCUGUUCGAGUACCCGGAGAGUUCCAGCGCCGCCAGAGGUGUGGCAUUGGUCUCCGUGCUGGUGAUUGUCAUCUCCAUCAUCAUCUUCUGCGUGGAGACUUUGCCUGAGUUCCGAGAAGAAAGGGAAUUUAAGGCCACCAAAGAGGUCACUAGCAACGUGACCAAAGCCAUGCUGGUCCCUAGCACCUUUACAGACCCCUUCUUCAUCAUAGAGACCACCUGCAUCAUCUGGUUCUCCUUUGAGCUCUUUGUCAGGUUCAUCGUCUGCCCCAGCAAGUCUGAGUUCUUCAGGAACAUCAUGAAUAUCAUCGAUGUUGUCUCCAUCAUCCCCUACUUUGUGACUGUUAUCACUGAGCUGAUCCAGCAUAGUGAACUCAAUGGUCAGCAGAACAUGUCCCUCGCCAUCCUGAGGAUCAUUCGGCUGGUCAGGGUCUUCCGUAUCUUCAAGCUUUCCCGGCACUCCAAGGGGCUGCAGAUCUUGGGACAGACCCUCAAAGCCAGCAUGCAGGAGCUGGGCUUGCUCAUCUUCUUUCUCUUCAUUGGAGUCAUCCUCUUCUCCAGCGCCAUCUACUUUGCAGAAGUGGACGAGCCACAGUCUCAUUUCUCCAGCAUCCCUGAUGGGUUCUGGUGGGCUGUGGUCACCAUGACAACUGUUGGCUAUGGUGACAUGUGCCCUACCACCCCGGGAGGGAAGAUCGUGGGGACUCUGUGUGCUAUUGCAGGGGUAUUAACUAUUGCACUUCCUGUUCCAGUCAUUGUCUCAAACUUCAACUAUUUCUACCACAGGGAGACAGAAAACGAAGAGAAACAGAUUCUACCAGGGGAGGUGGAAAGACUACUUACCAGCGUGAUUACAGGGAAUGGCAGCAUGCAAUCUUUGAACAAGACCAAUGGGGGGUGUUCUCGUGAUAAGCCCCAAAACAAUAACAGAUCAUGA